GAAUGUGUAAGAACCAUGACUGAAACUGCACCAUGCAUUGGAUCGUUCUCUGCUGUUAAGACACUUUGGGAAGUGAGAAUUCAGAAAAUAAAUGAAGAACUACGGAAGGAAAAGGAAUUCAGACAGAGGGCUGUAGGCAGACUGACGCUUGUCUGGGAGGAAAGAGUUAGUUUAGCCAAGCUCAAAGAAAAAGUUAUCACUGAAGAUGGAAGAGCUAUAUUAAGGAUAGAACAAGAAGAAUGGAAGAUGUUACCUUCUUGCUUACUGAAACUGAACCACCUCCACGAAUGGCAGCUUCACAGAAUUAGUUUGGUGAAAAUUCCUGAAUUCAUUGGAAGGUUUCAAAAUCUCAUUGUGCUGGACCUAUCCCGAAAUGCCAUUGAAAAGCUACCUAAAGAGAUUGGCCAGCUGCCUAACCUCCAAGAGCUCCUCCUCAGUUAUAAUAAAAUUAAAUCUGUUCCGAAAGAGCUAAGUAACUGCAUCAGCCUCGGAAGACUGGAACUGGCUGUGAACAGGGAUAUCUGUGACCUUCCACUUCAGCUCAGUGAGCUAAAGAAGCUUUACCAUGUAGAUCUGAGUAUGAACCAAUUUACUACCAUCCCUUCAGCUCUCCUGAACAUGCCAAGUCUAGAAUGGUUAGACAUGGGGAGCAACAAACUUCAGCAACUCCCUGAUACGGUUGACAGAAUGGAGAACCUCCAUACUUUAUGGCUCCAACGGAAUGAAAUAACCCAUUUACCGGAAACCAUCAGUAAUAUGAAAAAUCUGAGUACUCUUGUCCUCAGUAACAACAAACUCCGGGAUAUUCCUGCUUGCAUGCAACAAAUGACAAAUCUCAGAUUUGUCAACUUCAGAGACAACCCACUGGAGCUGCAGGUAACACUUCCCCCAUGUGAGAAUACUGAAGAAGAGGAGGAACGGGAAUUGUUUGGUAUUCAGUUCAUGCAUAUGUAUAUUCAAGAGUCACUCAGCAGAGCAGAAAACCUGGACAACUGUAUACCUGUUGCUUCUGCCACCAUUAAUGAUAAUAAAUAA